GAUGAGGCGGGAUCUUUUCAGCUGCGACUGUCAAGAUUGGCAAAGAGCUGGCGCUGCUGUGUGCAGGUAAAAAAAAGGAACAAGCGACACACAAAAAAAACAGAAACAUUUAUCCUGGCAGAAAGCGAGGAGGGAAAUGGAAACAGUCCGCCAGGUGAAACGCUAUCUCACCACUGAACCUCACAAGCGACGUGUUUAACUCGGGAGCAAAAAAAAGCGCAACACCUUCUGCUGCUGCUUGGAAGAAAGUGGCGUUGUGUCAACCAUCGUUCAGGCUCCCCGGGCACGCUUUGUACAGCAAGCAACUUGGACAGCUGCGUGUUUUCAAGCAAGCCAUCAACAAAGAAUGAAAGCAUUCAAACGAGGUGAGGUGCUUUUUAACACUGCUGCGCAAGGAUAAAACUCGCUGAGUGUUCGUCUACCUCCACGCCGUGUCUUCUCUGUUGGUUUUGCCUGGUAUGCGGGCUUUUUGUUGCGAGCAAAUGCGGCGUGUGUUUGUGUUUGAAUUUGGAGGGACAGCUAGCCAGCUAGUUAUCUGUGGAGGCAGGCAUGGUGUCCAUCUGGCGGAGUGACAUGCGGGAGGGAGGCUGUGUGCUUUUCUGCUCGCCUCCUUUGUGCGCCUCCAGAUGGCUAAUUUACCGAGCAGCUCCUCGGCUUGUCACGUUUUACCGUCACAUUUGACUCAGUGCUGUGUUUUAUCAAUCGUGCAUCAUUAGCCUGUAAGUGUGAGGUAAUGAUUUUGACAAAGUGAUAUGGUCGUAAGUUGAUAUUUGACUGCUUCUGACUGAGUCUUGUGAAAAGUUAGUUCAACAUUUCAACUCUUAUCCCUUGACCAUUUUGCUUACAUGACAUUAUUGUAUGAGAAUAACUCUCCCAAUGCACAGAUUUUCCUUUUUGAUUAGAGAACAACGUGUAAACAAACAAAAAAAAGUUGCCUCCCUGUGAAAUGCUGCAUGCAGCAGGAUUGACGUACUGUACAAAGCUAACAUCUGCGUGAAAUGUGUCUUGGCUUGUUCUAAAUCACUUCCACAUUGAAUGGGUGUUGAUACUUUAUGGCGAACCCUUUAAACGUCUAUCAAAUGAUGUUGCACAGAGCUGUGAGAAACUAAACUUUGUUGUGAGCUACACCAUGUCUCUCUCUGACUCAAGAAAGCUUUUGGUAUGUCUUGUGAAUGAGUCUAGACUUUUAAGCACAUUUUGCAGACAAAACACAACUUAACUGGCGAUGAAAUGUUACAUACUUGGAGUAGAUUAACAUAUAAAUGGGUUUUGAUCACUUAAAUCCACAACAAAGACUUGCAGGGGUGUUUCAGUGGGGUUAUACAAGAUCAAAACAGGGUAUUUCAAUUCAUUGCAACAGCUCCUGGGAUAGACUGAUACGUUUGCUAAUUACUUCGCUUAAUAUCAUAACAAAAACUCAAACGUAGUAAUUUCAUUUGCACUGUCUAAGUUUAAGAGCUUAUCGUGGCAAAGAUCCACAAUCAUCUGAUUGAUCAAUAUUUCUGUUGAUUGUGAAGAUUAAUGUGGCAGAGGUCAUUUUUGCAGACAUUGGGGUCUGAAUUAGCAUGUUUUAAUUCCUUUCCCUCUCUCCUCACUGUCUUAAAGACUUCCCUCCUUGUUCAGGAAUGCAGGAUUCAAAAGAUUUGUCAACUGCUGCAGCAGUCUUGAGCCCAAAUGGCAUGAGGUGAAAACAGCCUCCUUUGCAUGGUCAAUAGGCUCCUGGGCCACUGGCUACUGUGAUGCUGAUAUGCACACAAUCUUCUUUGUGAAGACAGGCGCUGCCCCGGGGGUCAGGUUUCACCCAGCCCCAGAGAAAGACAUUUACUGCAUUCUGCAGCCCACCCCUGGGAUCAGGCAUGCUCCAUUUUGAGGGGAGAUUCUCUCCAGUGGCCAACCAGUAAAUGACAUAAAAAAAGAACCACAACUGAGUUCAAACACAGUUGAGGGGUGUUGUUGAAAAAGAGAGAGAGAGAGUAAGACCCUUGGAUCUAAAUUUGAAUUGGUUCAGAAAAAGGCAUGUUAAAAGUAAGUGGAAAUGAUUAAUUAUAGCUGACUUUCUUAAAUGUUUGGUGCACACGUUUCCAGAAUUUGUGAUGAAGUAGAUUAAAUUGGACUUUGUGCCAGAAAGUGAAGUAAAACAAGCCAUUUUCGCAGAGGUGACAAUAAGAUUAAAGCCUUAAAGCAAGAUUUACAGCUCUCUUCUCUCCCCCUAACACUUCAUGUUUGAUGACAUAAAGAUAAAACAGAAAACCAAACUGAGAACCACCUUCUCAAAGCGAGUGACUCAUGGAUUUGACGCGGUGACAUCUUUUUGUAACAAACAGUGAGCUUGACUGACGUUUCUCCGCUCUCCCUCAGCUCUGGAAGAAGAACAUCGCCCAGAGCAGGAGCACUCCUCGGCCGUGUCGGACAGCGAUGACGGCUCCCCCCUCGACCUGUCAGGGAGAGGACUCUGUGGAAAGCGCCGUCGCCGCGGCAACCUGCCCAAGGAGGCGGUACAGAUUCUGCGGAGCUGGCUGUAUGAGCACCGCUUCAACGCCUACCCAUCAGAGCAGGAGAAACUGAGUCUGUCUGGUCAGACCAACCUCUCUGUACUGCAGGUAAGCAGAGGAGUUAUAUUUUUUUUACUGCUAGGGGUUAAAUAACUGUCUUUACAAAUUAAACCCGAUUAAAAAAUCAGCAUCAUUUUUACCGGUUUGAAAAAAGGAGGUUUAAAAGUGAUACCUUUUCUCUAAAAAGUAAAGUAGAUUGUUUGAUUUCCCCCUUUUUAAUAACUUCUGCAUAGAAGCUCGAUGAGCGUUAGACUUGACUGCAAAGCAUUAAAUAGGAUAAUUUAUUUUACAAAAACACUUCUGACAUAAGCACAGGUAAAGACCAACAGAGAAAUGCUGCUCAGAGGGGGUGCCAAAACAAACACACACCAAAAGUUAUACUGGGGGGGCUUCACAGAUACAAAUUGUAUAGAUAAAGAUAUUUAGUUAGGAUUUUGUUGUUGAAGUGAGGAUGGCCUUUGAGGACAGGAAGCUGCUGUGAUGCAUUAGUAUGAUCCUUUAUUUGCCGUCUUACCCUAUCAAAAUAACCAGUACAAUUUCUUUUGUGAAUUUAGAGAGCUUGUACAAAAAAAAAGACAAACAUUUUGUACUUUCAGAUAAUUAUAUGUAAUUUAAACAUUCCUGCGUAUUAUAAAACCUUUUCACUUUGUACUGCAUCAUGCAGCAAAGCCUUAAACCUCUGAGAUAUAAACCUCUUUUUAUUGAAAAUGAACUUUUAUCAUUUUCAAAGUUAAUCUAAUUAUUAUUCUGCCCUAAAAAAGUACUGUAUACUUGCAUGAAACAUUAUGCUCAGUACCUCUAAAGCCCCUGUGAGGAACUUUCAGUUUGUGGUGAUUUUGGCGCCCCCUGUUGACAAAACCACACCUUAUUUCUCUGCUGAUGUGUACCCUUUGCAUGAGUGAGUUGUUAUCUGUAACGCCAAAAUUAACCCUCUUCCUUUUUUAAAAGUCAGAUUAAUGACUGAACUGUUCAAGCUGUGUGGCAGUAAUAAAACAGUUGGGUCUUGUUGUGUUUUCACUUCAAUACAUGAAACAUAAGAUAUACUUGUUAUAUAUGAUGCAAACCUUAGGGCAGGGAGGUAAAAUCUUUGUGCAUCCUAGUGUUUAAAGCGCAAAUCCUUGACUGUUACCUGCAGAUAGAAAUAUAGUUUCAGGUUGAAAGUUAUUGUAUAUUGAGUAAUAUUACCUUUUUAAGAAAAUGUCAAAGCAAACAGGAAUCAGAUCGCACCAUUACAAUGUUGAAUAAACUGCAGCGAGAAUCGGACUUUCCCAGCCUUCCCUUCUCACCUCAUUGCAUCAGCAGUAGGAAUUUCCUCUUUCCCUCACAACACACAAACAUCCAGCGUUAGUGAAUGCAUCACAGAUCAACAUGAGGCGGCAGCAGAGCCUCUUGUCCUGCGCUCAGUUCUCUGGAAUGCUCCUGGCUGCCUUCUCAGUGGCUCAGCAUAUUUGAGCUCAGAGCUUCAUUAUUGCCAGCUGUCUGAGGGCUCUCAUCUCUGUCUGUCUCGCCCUCCUUUUCUGUUUCUUCUCUGUGUGGGAGGCUGGAACCACCAGAGGGGGUGAGAAGGGCCUCAUGUUCAGAUGUAGAUAAAGGGAUUGUGUAGGCGGUUGUUAAAUCACAGAGUGCGGAUCAUUUUUCAAGCUUGAGUGUGGUGUGCAAGGGUUGAGUUAUGAAUCUGUUGAGAGAAAACAUCCCUGUUAGCAGUUUUGAGUCAGUUCUUUUAAUGCUGGUCAUUCCUGCUAUUUCCCCAGAUCUGUAACUGGUUCAUCAAUGCACGCCGGCGCCUCCUCCCAGACCUGCUUCGUAAGGAUGGCAAGGAUCCCACCAAAUUCACCAUCUCCCGAAAGGUCGGCGGCAAAAACGAAGGCCCCUCACCCAACGCAGGUGGAGCCAGCUCUCCAGAAAGAAACUCUCCCACCAGCUCAAUUCAGCAGCGCCCUUCAGUCAUCCGCUCUGCUCCCACCUUGGACCUCAGCCUCCUUGGGAAUACGGCGACAGCUAUCCUGACAGGAGCAGGCUAUCCUGGAAAAGAUGGUUCUGUCCAGGCGCUAAUGAAGCUGGACACGCAGAGUCUUCUGAGAGAAGCAGAGGAGCAGCAGGCAUCUCAUACCAGCACCACAACAGCAGCUAGUCCCACCAGCGGCCUCUUCAACACGCCUCCCCCGACCCCGCCUGAGCUGUUCCCCACACAGGAUUUCAGCGACCUAAGGCUCCUGGUGGAUGCAGCUUUACAGAGGGCAGCGGAGCAGGAGAAUCAGAACAAACCUGCAAAGACUGGAUCAGUAGAGGCUUGCAGCAGUGACUUGGGACCAACUCCACCUCCUGAGGACACCCAGCAGGUCAUGGAUCCGUCCAGGGUGCAGAGUCUGAUGGAGAAGGCGAUGGCUACUCCAGCAACAUCUGUAACUUUAAUAAAGGAUCCAGUUCCCUUAUCGCUAGCAGCCUCUGUGCCCGCGCCAGCUCCAGUUUUAGUUUCAGCACCAAGGCAAUCUGUGCUCCCUGUGAAUAAAAUCAUUUGGAGCCCCUUGGAGAAGGACUCUGCCAGAUCUUCCAGUCCAAACCAGCCUCUUCUAAUCCCAGUGCCAGUGUCUGCCUCAGUCUUAGUACAGCCUAGUUCUCAGAAACCAGCCACUUCUCCAGUUAUUUCCCAAACUGCGCCCUCGACUUCAACCCCAAGUCCAACUCCACUGCCUCUUAUAUGUCCUGCAAGUGCAUCAGUACCAGCAACGUCACCAGUCACAGUGCCAUCGACAGUCUUUCUCCCAGCACAGCAAAGUUCCCCCUCCGUCACAGCUCCAAACCAGGCCUCAAUCCAAAGUGUGGAGCUUGUAACAUCAGCCCCAAGAGGAGUCCCACUUUACCUGCCGUUCCACAAGUCCCCUCUAAUCCCAGUCAGCGUUCCUUAUACAUCACCUGUCCCAACCCCGGCAUCAUCACAAACUCCAGUUCAGACCUCAGCCCUAUUCUCUGCACAAGCUCCCACUACCGUAUCCUCCCCAACACCAACAGUCACUCCUCCUCUAGGUCUGGCCUCUCACAAAACUCUCCAUCCUCUGGCCCCUGCCACCAGCAGCACCGCCACCACCAGCAGUAGCAGCAGCAGCAGCAGUACCACUCAGAGGAAUUCAGCAAUAGUGCCCGGUGUUUGGAGCAUGGUCCACUCAGAGACCAGACAGCCCAGCUCUCUUCAGGUGGUAAAGGCCCCUUUGAGCAAAGUGUGGGGCCCUCAGCACAGCUUGCACACAGUGAGUGAGACCGUGAACUAGGAGCUGGACACUUUUGUUUUUUUAUAUACGUGUUUAUGGGUGGGAGACCUGACAUUCCUUUUUGCUGGACAUCAAUGUAAAUAUGAGAAUGUAUCUUCAUCCUUUUGUCUUUACGUCUGUGCCUGCAGAACCAACAUCAGUCACAUGAACUCCAGAAAAGAGACGCAACACUUCCUGUUUUAUCUUUCAUGAACUGGUGUUCGAUAUGGAGGAACCUGCUCAUGAUGACACUUUGUACAAUGACAUUGACUCUAAACUGAGGAGUGUUCAAAGUUUUUAAACGAAAUGUCACAUCUCUAUCCGCAUGACUCAAAGAAACGAGCUGUAAAAUAUCCAGAAAUUGUAAAAUAAGAAAAAAUCAGUGGGUGUAAAUUCAGCACCAGCAGUUAGCCCCUUCAGUAGCAGUGCCGGACUUUGAAUGUACAAAAGACAUUUUAUGUCAUUGGCUAGGCUGCUUGUCACUCAUGCCCCUCCAAGGAAAAAGAGAGAGUUUUGUUUUUUCAUACAUUUUUCCCUCCUUCCGUUCUUCUGCACAACAACACAAAAACACCUCCCUUUUUCCUUGUAGAUAAACAGAAAAGAAACGAUUGUAUUGAAGCCUGACUGAAUGUCUUAACACCCCUCCUACACACACAUUCACUCUGCUCUUCCUUGUGUAUUGGUAGCUAAGGGGAUUCACUUUGAAUCAUCAUCAAAGGCACUCUUCACAUGCUGCCAAACGUAUUGUUUUUGUCUUGUUUUUUUUAAGGAAAGAAAUUCAUCUGUGUUUUAAAAGGAUUGUUGUGGAUAUUGGAGGAAGUAAAGGAGGUGACAUUGGAUCUGUUUCAGAAAUCAAUUUCAGUGGAGACCUGAACAGCUUCAUGUUCUCACAGCUCCUCAGCUGAAACGUUACACUCCCUGAGAGUCAAGGCGCCUUCUAUCUUUUGUGCUGUAAAACACUUUAAUUGUUUGAUCCCCAUCUGGAGGGAAGGAUACAAGUUAUUUUGAUUUCCCUGUUGAGAGGUGGUGUAUCUGUAGGUGUGUUUCAAACCUGAAUGUCUUACAUGAGGAGGAAUGAGUUUUUCCAUACAGUGUCUUGGUAAAGCAGGAUGUAGCUGCUGGUGUUAGUCAGCUUUUUUUUCUAAAGAAGGUCCAAGAGCAUCAAACUAAGCUGUUCCUCAGUCCUGCUGUCCACCUGUGGAAAUGGUUUCUUUAGGACUUAAAAUCAUUCUCAGAGCUGUAGUUUCCAUGAAACUGUCUUAGCAUACUCUUGCCACCUGGAUGUCUUUUUAACAGUAGCAUCAUGUGGGAAAUGUCCCAUCAGAAUAUAACCGUAGCAGAAUUGUGAGACGAGUCUCUAUCACAGUCUUGUUUACCUGUGUUCAUUAGCUGAGCUGAGUUUGAAUAGCUGAUUUGCCAACAUAGGGAGAGAGUCUGAUUGGUCAGAUUACAAUUGAGCACCAACCUAAUCUCCCAGAAUAACAUUUUUUCAUGGUAGAUACAAAAACUUGAGCUCACUCUUGUGAUACAGCUUUUUUUCAUUGCUCCUCACUGCCAAGGGGGAUCAGUGGAUCAGUGUUUUUUGUUUUUCUUUGUGUGUGUGCUCUCGUCACAGGUUCACUCACUUAACUGAUGUACAUUUAUACCUCAAAUUUUCACAGGUCAUGUCAGACUUGAGUCCCAUGUAGAAUACUGAGUAUUAUAGUAAUAUUUUAUUGGUCAGACUGCAUCAUGCCACUGUGACAACACCUUAAACGGUUAUUAUACUGGUAAUGGCUGGCUUAACAUUAGGCUUUUUUUAUUGCAAGGUUUGUAUGUGAUUUUUAGAUGCUGAGUGUCGCUCCAAUCAGAUUAGAAAAUGUGACCAUGUAUAUAAAUAUUUUCAGUCAUUUUUUUUUGUUUUUGUUUUGAUUUGUAUCGGCAUGAACUUUAUCUCAAACUGUGUAGUUCCUUUUUCAGCCAAAUACAUUCAAAUGUUUUGUAGUUCAUGUUGUGAAUCAUGACCAUUAGCAGUAUGACUGGCUGCUGUGCCUUAUACCCACAACUGAGGGAUAAUGUCUUUUUUUUAUAUAAAAACUUCUCAAUAGUCUGUGCAAUAUAUGCCUUAAACUUUAAAUGUGUGUUUUGUAUAAACAUUUCGAAAAAAUAAAAGUUCAGUUUUGCAUAAA